UCAUUUUGUAGCAGUCCGCAGACCGAAAGUGGUAGGCUUAAGGAUGCGUAUCGCAGCGGUUAUGUUGUUAGCUGUGAGUGUUGCAGUAACUUUCUGCGUGUGCUGCUGCGAUGGAGCUAAUCUACGCAGAAUUCAGCCUGACGACGACGAAGACUUUCGACCGCAUCCUCUGUACCGAGAUUACGGACUGAUUAGAAGCAGGGUUAUCCGAGGAGAUGAUACUUUCGAUGAUUAUGGGCACCUACGGUUUGGUCGUUCUGAUGACUGACACGAACGCUCUGCGAUCGGUCGGCAUAAGAAAAGGCAACGAUCGUCGGGCAAACUGUGUUACUAAACAGCAUAUCGUGUUAUUUGACUGCACUUCUUUAGACUAGAUUAAUCUUAUUGAACAUGAAGUAUUUAUAAGGCUGGUAAAUUUCAUGUUCAAUUGUAAAUCUAUUCUAAAAUCUUCUUAAUUCUAUAAUCAAAUAAACGUAACUAAUUAAAAUAAGCAGCAGCUAUUAAAUCGAUGACAGCAUUA